AUGGCUAAAAAGUAUAGACCAACAGCCGAUCAAAGAUGGCUGUACUACAGUAUCUAUCCCACACGUAGUUCAAUUAGACGAUCACGUUUAAAUGGUACCGGACCACAAGAAGUAGUAGAUGUUAACACAGAACAAGUAACUGGUUUGAGUAUAGAGUAUAAUCCUGAUAGACUGUUUUGGCUUGAAAGAAAGAGCGGUGAUGUAAAAUCUUCCAAUCUUAAUGGAUCUAAUAUUAUCAAAAUUGUCAGCACGAACGAAACACAUGCAAACAUAGGAAUACAUGUACAUAAUAGCGAUAUAUACUGUGCAAAUGGCAAACGAAUUCUACGGGUCAUAUUUUCAUCACCAACUAAAGCAAAUGUUAUAUAUUCUGAUACAGAGAUGAUUUAUGGUAUAAUGUUUUACCAGGAAAAAGGUUAGUGCGUAUCUAAUAUAACAGGGA